AUGGCUUCCAUACGCAUCAAGGAUGACCCCAACUCGAACCCAUACGAAUCCGUCCUCCACGAUCAAGAUCCUAUCCACUCAUACGCCCUAACUUCGGAGCCCGAUGUCUCCUUCGACAAUGCACGAGAGCUGGCAGAUUAUCUGUGGGCACUCUACGACGCACAGGUCGAUAAAGACGUCACCAUCGCUGAUCAGGCCAUCCAAGCCACGCGGAAUGCAGUUCCGCUUGUCCAAGAACCGAGCGAUCGCGCUCAGAUCCUUUUCGAUCUCGGCUUCCGACUCUAUGGACGCUUUCAGACGACUGACUCUCUCGAGGAUAUUACGGAAGCGAUCUCUGUGCUUCAGCGAUCUACGGCACUCACACCUGACGAUGACCCUUCCCAAGCGCGGCGUCUCAACGGACUGGGGGCUUGUCUUCAGGAGCGGUAUACGCGUACCGGAGACCUCGACGAUCUGCACAGUGCUAUCACAGCUCUGUGUUGUGCCGUGGAGCUAAUGCCAGACGAUAACCCACGGAAGCCGCAGGUUCUGGACGGCUACGCCUCUUGUUUGCAAAGGCGUUACGAAGCGUUGAGCGAGCUGGAAGACCUUGAGCAAACCAUCUCCACACUUUUUCACGCGGCUGAAAUCGCAUCAGAUGACUAUCCGGACAAGGCGUCGUACUUCAACAACAUUGGGGACAUGCUACGCUUGCGCUACGUGCAUUCCAAUGCGCUCGCGGAUAUCGAGCAGACUGUCGUAGCGUUUCGACGCGCCUUCGAGCUUACCCCAUGUGGUCACGUUGAUGAACCGUACCGUUUACAUAAGCUAGGACAUCUACUGUUCACGCUCUUUGAGCAUGCAGACAAUCUGGAUGACAUUGAAGAGUCCAUAUUGAGGCUCCGUCGUACGGUACUGCUCACAUCGGAUGACAGUUGCUGCAAACCUGCCCGGUUCAGUCAGUUGGGCAUCUCACUUCUCGCGCGCUUCCAGCGAAUGGAGCAGAUGGACGAUCUCCACGAGGCCAUCUCUAUACUGCGUCGCGCAGUCGAUCUUGCUCCAAAUGGUCACUGCGAUGAGGCGCAUACGCUAUACUGUCUGGGGGUAUCACUCCUCAGGCGCUAUGAGUGUCUCGAGGUGUUGGAAGACCUUGAGGGAUCUGUUUUGGCAUUGUCCCGCGCACUUGAUUUCGCGCCGAAUGACCCAUCCAAUCUGGCAUCGCGGCUCAACGAUCUGGCCAGCGCGCUCUACAAGCUCUUCCGAGCAACGGACCGGUCAGAGCAUCUGGAAGACGCUAUCAAGUUGGCCCGUCGCUGCACGACCGAAGCGACGGCAGAUGACGAUCCCAACAUAGUCAAUCACUAUGGAAAUCUGGGAAACAUGCUCCACGCGCGGUUUGACAGAACCGGCCAGCUCGACGAUCUGGAGGAUGCCGUCGAUGCUCAUCGCCGUGCAGUGGACAGUGCAACCUUGAACGGUCAUCCGGACGAUCCUUGGGCGCUGAAUGGCCUUGGUAGUGUCCUGCUCGCGCGCUUCGACUCCCUAAAGAAGAUGGAGGAUCUCGAGGAGUCCAUCCUUACGCUUCGUCAUGCACUUGAUCUGACGUUGGAUGGUGCCAGUGACAAACUAUCGUGGCUGCGACAAUUGGGAUCUGCCCUAUUCAAGCGUUUCGACCUUUUCAAGAGGCCUAAGGAUCUUGAAGAGUCUAUAUUGGCAUAUCGUUCUGUGGCAGACUUGACCCCACCAAACCACGAAGAUAAGUCUCUAGCCCUCGAGAAGCUCGUCUUUUUGCUCGAAGAAUCUUUCAAGCUUUCCGGGGAACUCGUUGAUCUUGAAAUGAGCAUCGUGGCACGUCAGCAAGUGAUCGAAAUUACGCCAGAAGAGUGUCCGAACGAUCUGGCACAUCACUUGAGUAACCUUGGGAGCGACCUUCAUCUGUGCUUUGCACGAUUCGGGAAGGCCGACGCCCUCGAGCAGGCCAUCUCGGCGCAUUGUCGUGCGGUAGAUCUUAGCUCCGCAGACAACCCCGAUAAACCACGGCUUCUCGAUAACCUGGCUGUCUGUCUUGGCACACGCUGUGAGCAUGUCGGAGGAGGGCUGGAGGAUAUCGAGGAAGCUAUUGCAUUACACCGUCAGGCAAUUGAGCUCACACCCGACGACAGCCCCGCCCGGCCACAGCGCUUGAGCCACCUAGGCAUGUCACUUCGUACACGCUUUACGAACACAGAUAGUCUCUUGGAUGUGGAAGAAUCCAUCGCAUCACUGCGCUGUGCCAUUGAUCUCACCCCGCCACAUGAUAAUCGCGACAGGGCACAGCUCUUUCAUUACCUUGGUGCAUCUCUUCAAGCACGGUUCGAACGGUUUCGGGAUUUCAACGAUGGCGCCGGAGCCAUUAUGGCCCUUGGUCAGGUAGUGGUACUCACUCCUGAAGACGAUCGUGAUCUCCCCGCACGUCUAUGUGACCUGGGAAGUGCGAUGGCAAGGUGCUUCAUGAUUACCAAGACUCCCGGGAUUAUUGAACACGCCGUAAGGCAUUAUCGUCGUGCUAUCGGUCUGACGUCAGAUGAGCACCCCCAUCGCUCAAACAUGUUUAGCUCCUUGUGCAUGAUCCUUUCCAACUUGUUCGAGGAAAAGCACGAGCUUCGCGACAUUUCCGAUGCCAUAUCAGCGGGGCAUCGAGCGAUCGAACUGAACGCAGAUGGGCGUGGUCCAUUGGGGGUGCUCUGUCAUCAUUCAUUAGCUUUGUGUACAAUGGUUCGCUUUGACCAUGUCGGGGACAUAGGCGAUGUCAAGGCUGCGAUAUGUCUGUUUCAGAAGGCGGAAGAGCUAUCACCUUCCAACGACCCUCGGCUAGCAAUGAUACUCCACAAUCUUGGGCAUGCUUGGACAAAGCUGCUCGAACGUACUAACAGUCAAGCGGACUUUGUGUCUGCCGCCGACGCUCUCAUGCGCUCAGCAUUCCAUCCAACAGGGCACCGCCGCGGCCUUAUCGACACAGCUCAUGAUUGUGUUCUGCUACACCAUAAAUAUCCUGCAUUCAGCACGACAGACUCCCUCUUGAAAGCGUGCUCGCGCGUCAUCGCGCUUCUUCCCGAAGUAAUCUGGUUAGGGGACGAUAUCCAUGGAAGGUACAGGCAUUCGAACGAAGUCGGUGAUCUCGUCAAUUGGGUCGUGUCCAUUGCAAUCACCGCUGGGGCACCUGAAAGAGCUGUUGAGUGGCUCGAAGCGGGCAGAGCUUUGAUAUGGAGCCAGAUUCUGUCUCUCCGCACGCCAGUGGAGGUGUUGCAUGCCCACUAUCCUGCGUUGGGGGAAUCUCUCCGCACUAUUCAACGGCAGCUGCACGCGUCCGCUCCGAAUGCCUUUUCUCCAGAUCUGCAAGCUUUCGGUGGAAUCAGCGGCCUCGCAAUCAACUCUGGGAUAGAACGGCAUCGUAAACUCGCCAUUGAGUACGACGCGUUGGUGGAGAGGAUACGCGCCUGCCCAGGUUUCGAGGACUUCCUGCGGGCGCGGUCGUUUGACGCCAUUACACGCUCGUUAGAAGGCGCGAGCAGCGUAGUUGUAUAUAUCAACGUGCACUUCGAUCGCUGCGACGCCCUCGUAUUCUCACCCCAUGAUCCGCUUGCUGUGGUCCCUCUGCCCCAACUCUCUGGACAGCGCGCGGAGCAGCUGCGACGUUUGUGGGCCGCUUCUUUGCGGAAUGGACGACUUGGAGCGCGUGCGUCAGUGAAAGCGUCGAGUCAUAAGGGCGAGUUUGGCUCACUGAAGUUGUAUCUGAGGCGGAUAUGGACGUGGAUCGUGUGGCCUAUACUCGACUCUCUCGAUCUGGGCAAUCUAACACAGGGAGACCGACUACCGCACAUCACCUGGUGUCCAACUGGCGCUCUCGCACAGCUGCCACUCCAUGCGGCCGGCAUAUACGACGAGCCAUACGGCCUGCACACGUAUGAUCUUGUGGUGUCCUCAUACGUCCCCUCGCUCUCCACAUUCGGACACGCUCAUGGGGUGUCUUCGGAGUCGCGUCCAGCCCGUGGAGCGCUGAUAGUCACCCAACCCUCCACUCCCAAUCUGUCAUCGCUCCCCGGCACGGUCGAAGAAGGUACUCGACUCCGAGAGAUCCUGGAGACAUCCGGAGUGAAGACGACUUGGCUCAAUGACCGCUCUGCGACCGUCAACGAGGUCCGCAUCGCGAUGAAGGAGCAUCCCUGGGUACAUCUCGCCUGCCACGGCUCACAGAAUACCGGGGAUGCAACACGCAGUGCUUUCCACCUCUUCGAUGGCGUACUCACACUCUCCGACCUCAUGGGCAUCGUUGCCGAAGAUGCAGAGCUUGCAUUCCUUUCCGCCUGUGAGACUGCUGUAGGAGACAAAAAGACACCAGAAGAGUCUGCGCACCUUGCGGCCGGUAUGCUCGCAGUUGGGUACAAGGGCGUCAUCGCGACCAUGUGGUCAAUCCAGGAUGCGGACGCGCCCGUCGUGGUCGACGCGUACUAUAAGGACCUGCUGGCAUUGAGGAGCGGAGGUAAGCUCGGGAAAGGGGAGACGGGUGCGGCUUAUGCGCUGCAUGAGGCGACGAGGGUUCUGCGGGAGAAGGUGGGGGAGAAUAACUUGCUGCGCUGGGUCCCGUUUGUCCAUUUCGGUGUGUAG